UAGAUUUCUUCCGCAACUACUUCUCUCUGUUUCUCUCCUUCUCCAUCUUUUCUUUUCGUUUCCUCCUCUUCUUCUUUCUCGUUGCUCAAAACCCUCCUUCUUCCAUUUUCAUUCUCUCUGAAUCUCAUUUUCAUUCUCUACAAAAAUGAAGGAAUCGGAAGGAAAUCCUCUGCAUCUCAAGUCGAUCAACCACAUAUCGCUUCUUUGUAAAUCAGUGGAAGAGUCGAUUGAUUUUUACCAGAAUGUUCUAGGGUUUUUCCCCAUUCGUAGGCCUGGAUCCUUCAAAUUCGAUGGCGCUUGGCUGUUUGGUUACGGCAUUGGAAUUCAUCUCUUGCAAUCGGAAAAACUCGAGAAUUUGCCCAAAAAAGGCGAGAUUAAUCCCAAGGAUAAUCACAUAUCAUUUCAGUGCGAGAGCAUGGGAGCAGUAGAGAAGAAGCUGAAGGAGAUGGAGAUUGAUUACGUGCGGGCGGUAGUAGAGGAAGGAGGAAUACAGGUGGAUCAGUUAUUUUUCCACGAUCCAGAUGGGUUCAUGAUCGAGAUAUGCAACUGUGAUAAUCUACCAGUGAUUCCACUAGGUGGUGAGGUGUCACGAUCCUGUUCGCAGCUGAAUCUUCCGAUAAUGCAGCAGCAGCAGAUACACCAGCUUGUUUAGCACUACCACAUCCAACAAGAUUGGUGAUGAUGAUGAUGACGACGACGGCAACGAUGAAGAACCCAAGAAGAAAAGAAAAACUAAAUAAUUCCAAAAGUUAUUUAUGAUCCAAGCUGUUUAAAAUUUUUUUUAAAAAUGUACCUGUGUUUGCUUUCCUUGGAUGAGUAAGCCAAGGGGGGCCAUGUGAGGGUUUUGUGCUAUAUUAUAUAUAUAUUUUUAAUAUAUGAGUAGUUAUUGUUGUUGUUGUUGCGUUACCCAUUCUAUGUUCAUAAUUAUAUUACUACUUUCUUUACCUAA